AAUGGCGGCACCGGAAUGGGCGGGGCAUGAGAAGAUUACCUCAGACUGAACCGGAUGUUGGGGAGAAAUGGCUUCCCUGCCUCAGCCCCUCACUCCUAAGCUGUGUGGGACAAGCAAUGGGUCACUUCCAGGUCAGUCUCCCCACGAGGAGCCAAUGGGAAUGUGGGAGGAAGCGAGUGACACAGGGAUGAAGGGAAAAGAGGAUAAAAAUGAGCGGAACGAGAGAAUCCUGAAUCUGACACUGGAGAUGAUCUAUCUGCUGACUGGAGAGCACUACAUCCCUAGGAAGAAGUCAGAUGAUGGGGGGGCCCUGCAUGCCCCUGGCUCCGUCAUACAGAAGGAAAAUAACAAGAAUGACAAGAAGAUCCUGGAACUCAUGUCCAACAUCAUCCAGCUGCUGACUGGAGAGGUUGCCAUAAGGACUCAUCAUGUUUCCAUCUAUUUUUCCUUGGACGAGUGGGACUAUAUAAAAGGAAACAAGGACCUUUAUGAGGAAGGAAUAAAGGAUGAGCCUCAGCAGCUUCACCCGCUGGACUGUGAAUAUGAAGAUAAGAGAGAUAUUACAGCUGAUCUGGGAGGAACAUUAUGUUAUAAUAAUGAGCCAAGCAAGAUUGGGGCUGAAGGAGCAGAAUUUUGUGCAUAUCUCACCAACCCUGAAAUUUCUCCAGAGGAACAGACCCCACCAGCCAAUGGAAUAAAAGAGGAAGCAUCUUCAUGUGAAGGGGGAAACCAAUCAGAUUGCAGCAUUAAUUCACUUACAGAAGAGUUACAGGAAACAGAUGCACCUUCUCCUAACAUGGAAGACUGCAUUAAUGAAAGCAAUAAUGACAGCAAUAAUGACAGCUUGGAAGAGGAUUAUAUCUCGAAAGUUAUUAAAGUGGAAACAUAUUCUUGGGACGAGGGAAACCAAUCAGAUUGCAGCAUUAAUUCACUUACUGAACAGAGGGCAGAUACACCUACUCCUAUAGAUAGCAACCUGUCUGGUAUUCAAGACAUUCUGGCUUCAGUUGAAGGGAAAAAUCAUUCAGCUUCCCACAUGAAUACAUCUUCAGAACAGAGAGAGAGCACCAGUUCAUCUGGCACAGUGCACCCAUAUUCACCUCUCAUUUCUGGGCUGUAUGAAUGCACCGAUUGCGAUCAACAUUUUAUGACUAAAGGUGGACUUGUCCGCCAUCGGAAAACUCACGCAGCAACAAAACUAUUUAACUGCUCUGUGUGUGAGAAAUCUUUUGCACGGGAAGCGGAACUUGUUGUACACAACAGAAGUCACACAGGAGAGAAACCAUUUUCUUGCCCAGAAUGUGGGAAAUGUUUUUCUCGUCUCUCGUACCUUAAUAGACAUCAAGGAAUACACAGUGGGGAGAAACCAUUCCCUUGUUCCCAGUGUGGGAAACAGUUCCGAUAUCUCUCGGAGCUCAGCGUACAUUGCAGAAGUCACACAGGGGAGAGACCCUUCUCUUGUAAUGAAUGUGGGAAACAAUUUAAACAUCAGUCAAACCUUAUUAUACAUAACAGGCUUCAUACUGGGGAGAGACCCUUCAUGUGUACUGAGUGUGGGAAUGAUUUUAAAGACCGCAAAAGUCUUAAUGUGCACAAGAGAAUUCACACAGGGGAGAAACCAUUCACUUGUACUCAUUGUGGCAAAAGUUUUGCUCAUCGCUCCUAUUUUAAUAGACACCUAAUACUUCACGAAGACGAAAAAGCAUUUACUUGUCCUCACUGCGACAAACACUUCACAUCUCGCUCGCACCUCCACGUACAUCUUAGAGUACACACAGGAGAGAAACCCUACUCCUGCUCGGAGUGUGAGAAAUGCUUCACACAUCACUCGCACCUUACAGUACAUUACAGAACACAUACAGGGGAGAAACCAUUUCCUUGCUUGGAAUGUGGGAAGCGAUUCAAAGAUCGCUCAAACCUUCGAGUCCAUCGUAGAACUCACACUGGGGAGAGACCAUUUUCCUGUACUGUAUGUGGGAGGUGCUUUACGCGCCGUUCUCUGCUUACCGCGCAUUUCCAGUUUCACGUCAGAGAGAGAGAGUAUCUGGAAAAUGAGUGUAUGCUCGCAAUGAGCGAGAAAAGUGGCAGUGUCAGUGCUGAUAACUCAGGUCACUUCCAGCUCAGUCCCUCCCACGAGGAGCCAAUGGGAAUGUGGGAGGAAGCGAGCGACACAGGGAUGAAGGGGAAGAAGAAGAAGGAUAAAAAUGAGCGGAACAAGAGAAUCCUGAAUCUGACACUGGAGAUGAUCUAUCUGCUGACUGGAGAGGAGCAGACGUUGAAAAAAGACACAAACCUUAAGGGAGGGAUAAAUGAGGAUAGCAAGCAGCUCCAAAAACUUGACUGUGAAUAUGAAGAUAAGAGAGAUAUUCCAGCUGAUCUGGGAGGAAUAUUAUGUUAUUAUAAUGACACAGGUAAGCCUGCUGCUAAAGGAGCAGAUGGAAAUCCCACAAGCUCUGAAACUUCUCCAGUGGAACAGCCCCCAUCAGCAAAUAAAGAGGAAGCUUCUUUGUGUCAAAAGAGAUCAGAUUGCAGCAAUUAUGCACUUUUUAAAAAAACACAGGGAAUUCCUAUUGUAGGAUGCAGCCAAAAUGACAGCUUGGCAGAGGAUUCUUUGUUCAUUGUAGUUAAAGAUGAACCAGAUUCAUCUGAAGGGGAUUGCAGCAACAGUUCACUUACAGAACAAAAGCAAGGGACAGAAACACCUACUCCUAUCAUGGGAAACAGUUUGGCCGGUGAUGAUAUAUCAGAUUAUAUUGUAGACAAUCCAGCUUCACAUGAAAGUGGAAACAAAUCAAUUUCCAACAGGAAUACAGUGACAGAGACCCAGGGACCAAGUACAUCUGGCACUGAACAAAGCUUAACAGAAACUGCCCAAGCCUCACUCCCAGCUACACAAACCAUUACGGGGAUGCAUAACUGUAAUGAGUGCCAUCAGAAUUUUAUGACUAAGGCCGGUCUUGUCAGGCAUAAAAAAACUCACACAAGACCACAACAGUAUACCUGUCCUGUGUGCGACAGAGGCUUUCCACGGCAAGCAGAACUUGUUGUACAUCACCGAAGUCACACGGGAGAGAAACCAUUUUCCUGCCCAGAAUGUGGGAAAUGUUUUUCUCGCCUCUCGUACCUUACUAGACAUCAAGGAAUACACAGUGGAGAGAAACCAUUCACUUGUUCAGAGUGUGGGAAACAGUUCCGAUAUCUCUCUGAGCUAAGCGUACAUUUUAGAUGUCACACAGAAGAGAGACCCUACUCUUGUUCUCAUUGUGGAAAACAGUUUAAACAUCAGUCAAACCUUAUUAUACAUAACAGGCUUCAUACUGGGGAGAGACCUUUCUCAUGCUCUGAGUGUGGGAAGGAUUUUAAAGAACGCAAAAGCCUAAAUGUGCAUAAGAGAAUUCACACAGGGGAGAAACCAUAUACAUGUUCUCAUUGUGGGAAAUGUUUUGCUCACAGUUCAUAUUAUAAUCGACACCGCAGACUUCACAAAGAAGAAAACCCAUUUUCCUGUUCUCACUGCGGCAAACGCUUCACAUCACAAUCACAACUGCACGUGCACCGCAGAGUUCACACAGGAGAGAGGCCGUACACUUGUAACGAGUGUGGCAAAUGUUUCAAACAUCACUCGCACCUUACUGUACACAGCAGAAUACACACAGGGGAGAAACCAUUUUCCUGUUUAGAAUGCGGGAAAAGUUUUAAAGACCGCUCGUAUCUGAAGGUCCAUUGCAGAACUCACACAGGGGAGAAGCCAUUCUCCUGCACUGAAUGUGGCAAGAGUUUUACCAGUCCCUCAUGCCUUAAAGUCCACAUAAGAAUCCACACAGGAGAGAAACCGUACAGUUGCUCUGAUUGUGAGAAAUGUUUCAUCUCUUGCUCAGACCUAAAGUCACAUCGCAGAGUUCACACGCAAGAGAAACCCUAUAUCUGUAGUGAAUGCGGGAAAUGCUUCAUGCGCCAUUCUCAGCUUGUCGCCCACUCCCAGUCUCACACAGGAGAGAAACACCUUUCUGAUAAUGAAUUCUCAACCAUCAGUGAGUACUCUUCGACUAUUUGGGACUUCAGCGGUGCAGCACGACUUUGGCGCUGUCAAGGUAUAGAGUUUAAGUUCCUGCUGAUGGACAGCUCUCUUUCCUAUGGUCAACCAGGAACCCACCACAGGACUAUGACAGAUGAGGACAAGAAGAUCCUGGAACUCAUGUCCAACAUCAUCCAGCUGCUGACUGGAGAGGUUGCCAUAAGGACCCAUCAUGUUUCCAUCUAUUUUUCCUUGGACGAGUGGGACUAUAUAAAAGGGAACAAGGACCUUUAUGAGGAAGGAAUAAAGGAGGAGCCCAAGCAGCUCCGACCACUGGACUGUGAUUAUGAAGAUAAGAGAGAUAUUCCAGCUGAUCUGGGAGGAACAUUAUGUUAUAAUAAUGAGCCAAGCAAGAUUGGGGCUGAAGGAGCAGAUUUUUAUGCUGACGGAAAUCUCACAAACUCAGAAAUUUCUCCAGUGGAACAGCCCUCACCAGCCAAUGGGAUUAAAGAGCAAGGAGCUUCAUGUGAAGGAGGAAACCAAUCAGAUUGCAGCAUUAAUCCUUUUACAGAACAGAUACAGGAAACUGAUAAACCUACUGCUAUGAUGGGAGGCAGCCUGAAUAGCACUUCCAUAUGUACAUCAGUCACAAAGGAGGUGUAUAGCUGUACUACGUGCCAUAAACACUUUAGCUGUAACAGCACUCUAUUUAGGCACCAGAGAAGUGUUCAUAAAGAGGACAAACCAUAUUCAUGUUCCGAGUGUGGGAAAAGUUUUAAACGCCGCUCAGACCUUAACAUACACAUUCGAAUUCACACAGGGGAAAAACCAUUUUUAUGUUCUGAAUGCGGGAAAUGUUUUAAGAGAAGAACAGAGCUAAAUUCACAUUAUAUCAUUCACACCGGCGAGAAACCGUUUUCUUGUCCCGAGUGCGGGGAACGCUUUAAGCGAAAAGCAGAGCUAAGUGUACAUUAUAUCAAUCACACGGGGGAGAAACCAUUCCCUUGUUCUGAAUGUGGGAAAUCUUUUAAGCGAAGAGCGGAGCUCAAUAUACAUUGUAUCAUUCACAAAGGAGAGAAACCCUUUCCUUGUUCUGAGUGUGGGAAAUAUUUUAAGCGAAGAGCAGAGCUGAAUGCACAUUAUAUCAUUCACACAGGGGAGAGGCCAUUCCCUUGUUCGGAGUGUGGGAAAUGUUUUGCCAGGUGCUCUGACCUCACUGUACAUAGGAGGAUCCACAUGAAAUACAGACCGUUCCCCUGCACCGAAUGUGGCAAAUGCUUUAAGAGGAAAUCAGAGCUAAAUAUUCAUAUUAAAACGCACACAGGGGAGAAACCGUUUACUUGUACCGAAUGUGGGAAAAGUUUUAAGCGAAGGCCAGAGCUUACUGCACAUUUUAUAAUUCACACCGGAGAGAAACCAUUUUCUUGUUCCAAAUGUGGGGAGUGUUUUAAGCGAAAAGCCGAGCUUAACACACAUUAUGUAAGCCACACAGGAGAGAAACCCUUUUCUUGUUCCGAAUGUGGGAAAUGUUUUAAGCGCAAAGCAGAGCUUAAUGCCCAUUGUAUCAUUCACACAGUAGAGAAACCAUUUUCUUGUUCUGAGUGCGGGAAAUGUUUCAAGCGAAGAGCAGAGCUUAAUAUGCAUUACAUCAUUCACACGGGAGAGAAAAAAUUCUCUUGUCCCGAGUGUGGGAAAUGUUUAGCCAGGUGCUCAGACCUCAGCGUCCAUAAAAGAAUCCACAUGAAAUACAGGCCGUUCUCCUGCUCUGAAUGUGGCAAAUGCUUUAAGAGGAAAACAGAACUUACUAUGCAUGUCAGAACUCACACAGGAGAGAAACCAUUUGCUUGUUCUGUAUGUGGGAAAUGUUUCUCCCAAAGCUCAAACCUAAACGCCCAUUUCAGGAGCCACAACUGAUCUCUUUGCGUGAGACAUUCAUUUAAGCAGGACUGGCCUUAGCGUAUAUAGGGACCUGGGCAAAAUACUCCACUGACAAUUGGGAUGGCAGUAUGUAAAGUACAACAUUGUUCCUUUCAGUUUGUGUGUGUGUGUGUGUGUGUGUGUGAUGUUUGCAGAUAUCAAGUUUUCUGUCAUUUCCAUGUGGCACCCUGUGAGACAGAUCAGUCUGAUGAGGCUCAGAUAAAAUUCAUUAGACUUUCAAGUCUUCUUGCUGCACUGACGAGUUUCUGACAUAUUUUUCUAUUGAACUGUUUCACAUUUAAAUUUGUUUCCUUGGUCACAGUGUGAAAAUAAAUGUGCCCUUUGAUUCUGGAGCUUAUUGGGGUUGUCUACCUUAUUUCUUCUAUGCAUUUCUUUGUUGAUGACCUAAUGUCUAAUCAACUGUAAACUACAUUAACUGACUGUGCUCUGAUGCUACCGGGACUUGAAGGAAUGCAUCUUUC